UUGAUGAAGCUUUUGAACGGGAACACACGACUCCAGGAUUGAACGAAAGCAAUGAGCAAAAUACGGUCUCAGAGGAAGGAGGAGAAGAACAAGAGGAAGAAGCUGUCCCCUUAACGCUGGAAGAAAGAGAAAACAAAGAUUACCUUAAAUCUCUCUUUGAGAUUUUGAUCCUCAUGGGUAAACAAAAUAUUCCUUUGGAUGGCCACGGUGUUGAUGAGCUUCCAGAAGGUAUUUUCACUUCAGAUAAUUUUCAGGCUCUGCUGGAAUAUAGAAUAAACGCCGGAGAUGAAGUUCUGAGGAAACGAUUCGAGAUGACCGCCGUCAAUCUUGAGUAUUGUUCGAAAACGCAGCAGAAGCAAAUGCUUGAGAUCUGCGAGAGCUGCGUGAGAGAAGAGACGCUGAGGGAAGUCAGAGACUCGCACUUCUUUUCGAUCGUCACCGAUGAAGUAGUAGACAUCGCGGGAGAGGAACAUUUGCCCGUGUUGGUGAGAUUCGUCGACGAUUCCCAUAAUCUAAGAGAAGAAUUCAUAGGGUUUUUACCGUAUGAGGCUGAUCCUGAAAUUUUAGCUGUCAAGUUCCACACGACCAUCACUGAAAAAUGGGGCCUAAACAUGGAGUACUGCCGAGGUCAGGCCUACAUCGUCUCCAGCGGGUUUGCUUCUAAAAUGAAAGUUGUGGCUACGAGACUGUUGGAAAAGUAUCCCCAAGCCGUGUACACGCUCUGUUCCUCAUGUGCCUUAAAUGCCUGGCUGGCAAAAUCCGUCCCCGUUGUCAGCGUCUCCGUCGCGCUAGGGACAAUCGAAGAAGUUUGCUGUCUCUUUCAUCAGUCUCCGCAGCUGCUGGCGGAGCUGGAAAACACCAUUUCUGCUCUUUUUCAGAACAACAAGGAGAAGGGUAACGAGCUGAAGGAGAUCUGCCGUUCUCAGUGGACGGGCAGGCACGACACUUUCGAGGUUUUGGUGGAGCUGAUUCAAGCGUUGGUGCUGUGCUUGGAUGCCGUGAGCAGCAACUCGUCCGUCAGGUGGAACAAUUUUAUCGCCGGGCGAGCUUUUAUGCUUUCGAGCGCUUUAACAAAUUUUGACUUCAUUGUCACCAUUGUCAUUCUGAAGAACGUUCUGUCUUUUACGAGGGCUUUCGGAAAAAAUCUCCAAGGACAGACCUCGGAUGUGUUCUUUGCAGCGAGCAGCUUAACGGCCGUGUUGCAUUCUCUGAACGAAGUGAUGGAGAAUAUCGACGUUUACCACGAAUUUUGGUUUGAGGAAGCGACGAACUUGGCCGCCAAACUGGACGUACAAAUUAAACUGCCGGGCAAAUUCCGCAGGGCGCAACAGGGCAGCUUGGACUCUGAGAUAACGUCGGAAAAUUAUUACAAAGAAAUCCUUAGCGUCCCUACGGUGGAGCACAUCAUUCAAGAGCUGAAAGAUAUCUUCUCGGAACAACAUUUAAAAGCUCUCAAGUGUUUAUCCUUGGUGCCCUCUGUCAUGGGGCAGCUCAAAUUCAACACGUCCGAGGAGCAUCACGCCGACAUGUACAAAAAUGACUUGCCUAACCCGGACACGCUUUCUGCUGAGCUUCACUGUUGGCGGAUCAAGUGGAAGCACAGAGGGAAAGAUAUCGAACUUCCAGCGACUAUUUAUGAAGCACUUCACUUGCCCGACAUCAAGUUUUUCCCGAACGUUUAUGCGUUGCUGAAAGUCUUGUGCAUCCUUCCGGUGAUGAAGGUGGAGCACGAGAAAUACGAAAUCGGACGAAAGCGCUUGAAGGCGUACCUGAAAAACACCUUGACGGAGCAAAGGUCGAGCAACCUAGCUUUGCUGAACAUAAACUUUGAUAUCAAACAUGACUUAGAUUUAAUGGUGGACACUUACAUUAAACUCUAUCCAGAUAAAGUAGAAUUUCAGGAAGACUUUAUCCCCUCAAACAACUCGGAAGUAACAGGAGAGGCUUAAUUUUUUAAGCUCUGUCUGAUCUGUUGAGAUGGCUUGUUUCU